CACUGCGAACGUGUGGCGGGGAAGGAGAGAUUUCGCUCUGACGCUCUUCAUCAGUUAACAUUACAAUUGUCCGCUCUCACCUUCGUAACGGUCCCGCGGGUCACGCAAAAUUCAGUGUGUCACGCGAACUCCGACGGAAGCCUUAAGUUUAACCCCAGACAGCAAAGCAACUCACAGUUGUUAGUGUGUUGAGCCAAAAGUGACCAGAUAAAAAGAAAGACACAAAGCUACUCAGUUCAUCCUAGAUCCUUCUUCCUCAGGGCAAAAGAAAAGAAAAAUAUUUUCACCCCACCGUGAAUUGAGGAGACUUUUUUCGUUUAUUAAAUUAUUGAUUGGGCACACUGAGGAAGAGGACAAAAAAGACAUGAUCUCCCCCGAGUGAGACAGCCUAGUGAAAGAUAAAUUUCCCAGGAUAACUCAGCGAGAGUGUUCAAGUAUAGAGGAUCUCCCCAAUUCAGCCCAGUUUGAAGUGGAAUAGCAUCACACCGAAGGAGAAAUUUAUAGAGCGAGACGCGAAGGCGUAGAAGAGGACUAACAAGUACCUUCAAAGGGAAAACACCCUUCCCAUUGUCACCCAGGAGGGUGAAAGGAGACAAAUUGCGUAGGAGAAAAUUACAAAAUGGAUCCCUACAGAAUGCGUCGUUCAUCGUUCACGCCACAGUUCAGUGCGUCGAACCAGGAGCCGCUGAUUGUGGUGGAGGAGUCAGGCGCCGGGGAGGAGGAUGAGCCGCCCAGCAACAGGUCCUCGCCACGCAACAGCCUCGACAUCGACUCUCCCGUGAACCCGUACUUGCUGUCGCCGUGGCGGGAUCCGCGGGACACACGCAAGCACUCCCUGCCCACGCCCCAGUGCACCACCGGCAUUACGGCCAGCCAGGUGAGGCGGCUGUCGGAGCGCGGCGGCGAGGGCUCUGGCCCCAGCCCGCGCGAGGCCGCCUUCCUGGCCACCCUGUCACAGGCGCCGGCGCCCACCCCGGGCGGCCGCCGCCACUCCGUCGUCACCAUCUCCAAAGUGCCACCCGCACUCUUCGGCCGCAACCGGCGGGAGUCCAUCGCGGCCUUCCCCACUGGCAGCAACAGGCGAGAGAGCUUGGCGGGACCUCCGUCGACGGAUCAUCGGGGCAGCGUCCACAAUCUGCAGCUGGACAUCAUGGACGACAUCGUGCAGGCACGAAAGGCGCGCAUGAGGCUGUGGAACACGAGCAGCGAGAAGGUGUGCGAAGUGCAGACGCUGGAUGAGGGCGAGACCACAUCCCCAAUGCGCUACACUAAUCGCCGCUACUCGGACUUCGUGGGCACCCAAUUGCCGCCCAUCCAGUCCCACCGGCGAGCCUCCGAGAUGCCCUGCAUCGUGUCCCCAGCACUCUCACCAGCCGCCAUCGGCCGGAAGAUCAAGGCCGGCAUCGUGUGCACAAAUACAGAUCUGGUGGGGCUCCUGUCCUCGCUCACAUCCUCCGCCACGGAGAUUAACAAGUGCGAAGAGACCCCGUCAACACCUGCGCCUCCGGCUAAGAAGUCUUCCUCGCCGGAACAUCGCCGAAGCAGCAUGAGAUCCAGCCGCUCCAACAGUUUCGACGUCUCCGUGCUGAACAAUUGCAAGCAAUUUAUUGCGAGCGCCGAUGAGAAGAGCUCAGUGCUAACGGGAUGGUUCGCGAAGCGCCACCAGCCCAUGGCCACCAAGAAGACGAAGGAGUCCGGCGGCCGGCUCAAGUGGGACAGCAAGAGUCCCUUCGUGGACGCCCACAUGAUCGGCAGUGCCAUCGAGGGCUUCCUCAGGCGCGGCUCCGGCAGUUCCUCCAGCUCCAGCAAGGGCGCCAUCCCGAAGGAGAACGCGCGAGGGAAGAAACCCGCCGGCUCCAAGUCGCCCUCGAUGUGGUUCAGCAAGGGCGACGAGGAUGACUCCAAGGACUCCUGCGACUCCUCGCUCUGUAGCACGCUCAAGGAUCUGUUUGUCAAAUAACUAGACUUGAGCUUUUAGUUUCAUCACUGAAGUCCUCAUUUGAAAACCCCCAUUUGGCCAACAGUGCUGCGAGUUAUUUUGCACCCACCCUCCGACCUUAUCCGCUCAGAUGAGCUAAUAUUUAGUGUAAACAGUGCUUGGGGUUCUUCUAAAUUGGUGAAGGCGCAAAUUAGUUGCGAGUAUUUGAUCACCCUUGCAGGGCGACCCUCAUUAAUAUAGGACUCUAGUUCAAAUACAGUUCUGAAAAGGUCUUUAGCGUCUUCAUGAGCAUCAACCACAUUUGCGGUUGAUUGAUUUUUCAAAUGGAUAAUUUUAGAAACAAUUGUUCUUAGAUUCCCUUAUCAUUUCACAGGGGUGCGCAUUUGCUUUUGAUGCAAGCACACAAAUAGGUGUCCAGCAGACGUUCGAUAUCCAGUGAAGUUGCAGAUCUUUGGACAAAAUAGCAUUUUUCCAGAAACUCAAAUUUAGUGGCAGAAGUCUAUUUGGCUUCUUAGUUUCCAAUGCACGUUUGAAUAUCGAACACUCUGUUGUUCUACUAUUUUUGCAUUUGCAAUAAACAUACAACUUCAUGUGUGGUGAUUGUGAAAUUCCUCACGGCACUGUAAUGUAUUGUAUUUUAAAUUCAAUGUCCAACUUUGUGCCAAUAUUCCUCGGAACAAUUUUACAUUACAUUCUUGUUGUUUAUUGUCAUUAAGAACGAAAUGAGAAAAGAUAAUCUUAACAUUAUUGUGGGUGUGUGUUGUAAUCGCGUGCAAAUUCAGAGGAAAAGCAAAAAAAAAAUCUGUAAACAGAAAUAUGACUAAUUUUCUCAUAUUCAUAUUACUUAAUCUUCCUUCUGCAGAACAAUACAAAAAAUAUAUCUCAACAUUUAUAUACAAGAAAAAAAAUAAUAACAGAUUGUAGAGAAAAUGUACAUUUUUGUGAACAUUUCAAAUUGCGUAAAAUUUCUAAAUUAGUUUGUAGGUUUUCAAGAGAUUUAUCCUCCUUUUUCGUCACGUCCACGAGAAUGCACUUAAUUUUGACAAGGACUUUUUCACCAAAUACAAACACACACACCUGAAAAGGAAACACACACACACGCAGAAAAGAAACCCGCCAAAAAUUACGACUAUCAGUGCAAAUAAUUACGAGAGACUAUAAAAGUGUGAAACUGAUCCCAUCGUUGAAGACUAUCCGGUAUUGUUUUCAUGAAACCUAGAUGAGAAACUCCAUGAAUUUUUGCGAGAAAAAUCACCAAAGAUUUUGAGAAUUUUAAUCAAUUUCAAAGUGAAUGUUAACAGUAAAGGAAGAAAAGCUACAAUAUAUUGAACUUUUAUGGAUAGUUGAUGUCUAAUCCAUAUUUUUUCAUAGAAAAAAAAAAUAAAUAAAUAAAAGAACGAGAAAUGUGCCCAGAUUAAUUACAUUUCUCGUCAUCAGUAACAUUGUGAUUAGAUAACUAGAAGUCAAGCUUAAUGCAUUUGAGCCCAAAGAGUGGCCAAGGGGAGGGAAAAGCUCUGGUUAAGGGUGUACAUUGAAUAUUAACAUACACUUUUCCUCCUCUUGAGCCAUCGAAGAGAGACCAUAAAAGUGGUUAGUGAGAAAAACACAAACAUUCCGAGAAUCUUAGUAAAUCCCGCCAGAUAAAUCUGCAAUAUAAAGUCAUAAUUCCGAGCAUAGUUGAAGGAGUUCAUGGUGAAAAACACACAAUUUACUCUUGUUGUUGUAACAGUUAAAUAAAUAGAUAUAACCCAUGAGGAGAAAAACAAGCUGUAGAUGGGCAGAAAUGAUAGUGAAAAAAUCCCCAAUAUAAUUCAAUGUUGAGAAAGGAAAAAUUUGGAAGCAAACUCAUGAGAAAUUCACAGAUAUUUCGAGUGUAGAAUAAUUCCCUUGUGCUGAGUGUCAAACCCUAUUUUCUCACAUAAAAUAGUUAACAAGAACAACCCUUAAUAAGUAGAGAUGAAAAUUAAAGUGUAGAAGAUAUAAAUUUAUAUAAGAAAAGCAUUAAAUUAUUCCAAAUGUGUGGAGAGACACAAUGACUGUCACAAGAAAUACCUUUAAACAUUAGCGAGAAUUCGAGACGAAAUUUUGCCACAUAAUUUUGUCCAUUCUUCUUCGUAAUUCUAUGUGCUACAUACUUCUCAUUUUCUGUCAUUUCCGCUCUCUGCCUCAUUAUUAUUUUCAUUCCAUUUGAGACAAAAUGCACAGCUCACAUUUUAUAGCGAGUCACCAAGAACUAGACGAUUAAACGGGUUUGUAUUUUCUCCCAAAAUAUAAACCUCAACCAAGGACAAUAUAUUAUAUAAAAUCCAUUUUGUGCAUUGGAAGAUUAUCAUUUUCCCAUUGGAAGCACCAUUUCUUUCCUAAUUGUGAUUAAGGUUAUUGGAAUUGUAUGUUAAGAGACUUUCACUUCAAAAUGAAAACCUUCUAUCGUGAGUGUGACACUAAGUAAAUAAAAGUACUUUGUAAAUAAAUAUUUUCGCUGAAAGAAUGGGGCAUUUGGAGGACGCAAACAGUGUGAAUUGAGCGAGAAAUUGGGGAAACAUGCUCCACAAGAGGUAAAUGUACUUGUUGUCUGUUGAGAGUUUUAUAUUUUUAAAGGAAAGAAAUUAUAUUGAAAGAAAAAAAAUGUAUUUAAAGUAAUAUAACUUUAAAUCUCUUUUAUCAGUGUUGAAUUUCAAGAUAUUUUAUAAAAUGAUUCUCAUUAAGUGUACAUAAACAAAGCUAAUGGUGAAAUACAAGAAGUAAAAAAAACCAGUCUAUUUCAGAAGAAAAUGAUAGCGUAGUGAGAAAAUUAACAAAAUUAAUCUAUAUUAAUGGACAAAAAAAAUAAUUGUGUUAAAAGAAAUCUAUGUAUUGACAAGAGAAAACAAUUUACGCAAUAAAGAAAAAUUGUUAAAUACAGUGCGACUUUCUUUUUUCACUCUGCUGAUUUAUUACUUGAUUUUAUACUUCAUUUUCGAGAGUACAUCACUUGCAGCUAUCAUCUCCCCCUUGUUCUAAUUGCUUUUACACUCUGAACAUUCAAUAAAUCAUAAGCUUAUGGUCUCCUGAGAAAGUAACAAUUAUAUUUUGCUGUCUCCCGACAAUUUAUUGAUCGCAAAAAGUAAUAAAAGCGAGAAGAGACGCUGAUAGGGCCAUGUUAAAGAGUGCACUUCAAUUAAAUUUUCUUUAAUUCUUAAAAACUUAAAAACUCAUUUUUCCAUCCAGUAUUGUAUAUAAAGAUACCAAAGAUAUCAAUAGAUUUUUUUUGUCACCAAAAAAGAACUGCUAAUAUACGAGUGAAUUGGUAAAUGGGUUACAACAUUAGGCAAUGGAGGAAAGUGUGAUUUUUGGAAAAGAAAAAAUCAGUUUUUAUUGAGUUCAAAACAUUUGUAUAUGGAAUACGAAAAGCGUUAAUUGGGAUUUUCUCAAUGUCUUACAAAUGCUUAAUCAAUCCACAAAAUUAAUUAUAGUUAAUCGCACGAUAUUCGGACUUCCUUUUAGCACUGUUACAUUAUCCUCCUCUUCCAUCCUACAAAAACAGAACAUCGCAAAUGCUCCCCUUUUCCUUCCUUACAUUCUUUCUUCUUCUCCUUUGUUUUCGUUCCAAAAUCAAUUU